UAUAUAACCCAUUCUCUUUUUCAUACGAGUACAUCUCAUCUCUAAUCCUCAUCCCCAUCUCAAACCCACCUCCACAAACCCUCCCAAGAAACCAAAUCAACACCACAAACCAACACCCAAAAAAUGUCUCCCACACCCCCACCUCCACCCUUCCUAUACCACAUCACAGCCAACACCCCCGACGGGAGCAAAUCCACCUUCCUCGACACCUCGGGCCCUCCAUGCGUGCAAGAACGGCCCUUCGGAAACAUUACAUACCUCUACUCCACCCCGCCCUCCUUCUCCAUCAAGGAUAAUACCGAUCUGAAAUUCCAUGAAUCAGCGCCUUCCACCGCACCGUAUAGGAGUUUUCAACCCGCUGGAGGCUCAGUCGUAUGAUACCCCCUCCCUCCCCCUGAAAUUGCACAUCAAAAUCCGUGUUAUAAAAACCCCACCUCUAAACCACCAAUCCCCUCCCUUAAAAUCGUGGAUCUCAAAAAACCACAAAUUAACACCACACAAGGCCGUAACAAUAUCCUUCGCCCCGAACCCCUCCAAAGAACUGGGGUACAUGCACCGCAGCAACACGCUCGAUUUCCUCUCCGUGCUCUGCGGCGAGGUCGAGCUCCUGCUGAAUAGCGGCGAGCGUCGCGUGCUAAAGCAGGGGGAAGUGUGUUUUCAACGCGGGAGUUGGCAUGCGUGGAGGAAUGUGAGUGCGACUGAGUGGGCGAGGAUGUCGUGUGUUGCGCUUAGUGCGGAGGGUGCGGUGGAGGGGGAGGGGGCUGUUGAGUUGGCUGCUUAG